AUGGAACCGCCUUACGAAUCUCAUAACAGUGCUGUGGAAGGCAAAAAACUCGCCCACAUCCAGACCCUCCCUACCGAACUGCUGAUUCGCAUCUUUUGCUUCGCCAUCUGGUCCAACUCGCCUUGGGACUCUGAUAUUCCUUUCCUUGGCUCGAUAACACGAGUCUGUCAUCGCUGGAAAGAUAUAGCCUGGGAUGUCCCAGCUCUGUGGACCAAAUUCGACCUGUCUGAUGUCCGUGCUACCGAAUUCAUGCUGGAGUACUCCAAAGACCUUCGCAUCGUUUUGUGCGCAAAUGGAGGGAAUGGGGAGGUGGUUUUUGCUGCCGCGAUGCAUGUGUUACAGACGAUAUCCGACGUGGCUCGAGUGGAAGCCCUCUACCUCAGAGCCGUGCCGAGAGUGGCCACUCGCAUUUUAUCAUCGAUGGUAGCAGCGAACGUCCGGAAUAUUGAAACGCUCAUGAUCUCUGUCGUGCGGGGAAGCGUGCGGCAUUGGGAUUUCGAGCUUCCAAGCAUCAUGUUCUCGUCCAUUCGGAUGUACCAUGUCUCAGGCUUGGAAUUCUCCUCUACGGAACCUUUCUCCUUCCACAAUCUCGAGGAGCUAUCGAUCGAAGGCCGACAUCUCUGCGCCUCGAGCAAACUGUGCGAUAUGCUCAGUCACAUGUCAAAUCUGCAACGCCUUUAUCUUCGCAAUGCCGCGAACGCUCCACCCCCUCCUCAACGCUAUCGCUCACAUAUAUCCCUCCCUAAUCUCCGAAUCCUGGACGUUGUCGACGACAUUCGCGUGUGUGACUAUAUCUCUGCGGCCGUUCAGAUGCCCUGUACUGCUUCAGCUGCGUAUUCUUUCCACAUCAGCGCCAAUCGUGCAACAGAUCUCCAGUAUCCCGCCCAUUUCUCAUCCAUCGUGACGUCCGUUGAUGAUCGCUUCAAGAAUGCCCCUCGGAAAUACUGCACUCUCAAGAUCUCGGACGAAUGCAUUCUGUUGCAGUGGUACGACGCCUCUCAAGCAGAAGUGGAUUGGCCGAUGAAGAAAGUCGAUGCCCCAAUCGCCAGCGUAUCCAUGUAUGAUGGCGCCGUCUCGUUCUGGAAAAGCGUGCUAUGGAUCACUCCGGACUUCUGCGGAGCGUUCGACCUUCUGACCAUCAACGAGUUGAUUCUUGAAUGCCCCGAUGACACAGCUUUCGACGACGUCGCUUCUCCCACAAAGGACUCGCUCCUUACUAUCUUGCAGGCGUUGCCUGCGAUCCCUCUGGUUCGGGCGUCUGGUUUCUAUGCACGGAUUCUAUGCACAGUCCUAGGCUCGGAAUCUCCUGUAGAGCGACUUCCCUUCAACCAUAUCCAUCUCACCCACAGUCCUCUAUUGACUCGCUCGGACCUGCUCAUCUUCCAAAAGUACCUGCUUGACCGUUCGACGCAGGGUCGGAGGGUAGAUAGGGUGUUUAUACGUCGCUGCGGCGGCGUUCAGCCCACGGACGUGCGUGUCCUCCGUCAUGCUGCGUCGGAGCUACGCAUCGUCGACUGUUUCGAAGACUCAGACUAG